AGACAGAUGUGCUGGUCCUGAGCUGUGAUCUGAUAACAGAUGUUGCCUUACAUGAGGUUGUGGACCUGUUUAGAGCUUACGAUGCAUCACUUGCUAUGUUGAUGAGAAAAGGCCAAGAUAGCACAGAACCUGUUCCCGGUCAAAAGGGGAAAAAAAAAGCAGUGGAGCAGCGUGACUUCAUUGGAGUGGACAGCACAGGAAAGAGGCUGCUCUUCAUGGCUAAUGAAGCGGACUUGGAUGAAGAACUGGUCAUUAAGGGAUCCAUCCUACAGAAGCACCCCAGAAUACGUUUCCACACGGGCCUUGUGGAUGCCCACCUCUACUGCUUGAAAAAAUACGUUGUGGAUUUCCUAAUGGAAAAUGGGUCAAUCACGUCAAUCCGGAGUGAACUGAUUCCGUAUCUAGUGAGAAAACAGUUUUCCUCAGCUUCCUCACAACAGGGACAAGAAGAAAAAGAGGAGGAUCUAAAGAAAAAGGAGCUGAAGUCCUUAGAUAUUUACAGUUUUAUAAAAGAAGCCAAUACACUGAACCUGGCUCCCUAUGAUGCCUGCUGGAAUGCUUGUCGAGGAGACAGGUGGGAAGACUUGUCCAGAUCGCAGGUGCGCUGCUAUGUCCACAUCAUGAAAGAGGGGCUCUGCUCUCGAGUGAGCACACUGGGACUCUACAUGGAAGCAAACAGACAGGUGCCCAAAUUGCUGUCUGCUCUCUGUCCAGAAGAACCACCAGUCCACUCGUCAGCCCAGAUUGUCAGCAAACACCUGGUUGGAGUUGACAGCCUCAUCGGGCCAGAUACACAGAUUGGAGAGAAGUCAUCCAUUAAGCGCUCAAUCAUCGGUUCAUCCUGUCUCAUAAAAGAUAGAGUGACGAUUACCAAUUGCCUUCUCAUGAACUCAGUCACUGUGGAGGAAGGAAGCAACAUCCAAGGCAGUGUCAUCUGCAACAAUGCUGUCAUCGAGAAGGGUACAGACAUCAAGGACUGCUUGAUUGGAAGUGGCCAGAGGAUUGAAGCCAAAGCUGAACGAGUGAAUGAAGUGAUCGUGGGGAAUGACCAGCUUAUGGAGAUCUGAGUUCUGAGCACGUCAGACAGACUCCUUCCUUUUGGCCUCCAGAAACACAGAUGUUGGCUGGCCCACCUGUUUGCCUCUGUAUUUAUUUCCCAAUAAAGAAGGGCUUCCAAAGACAUGCUGGAGACUUGUGGAGCAGUCCCAAGCUCCACGUCAGGUGGGCUCCAGAUGUACACA